AUGAUUUUCUCAAUACGGGCAUCUUACCUCAUCACCCUGGUGUCCACCGCUCUAAGCGCCCACGCUCUGCAGGUGGCUCCUGGAUCGCCUUGCGCACAUAAAUGCCUGGGCUCGCCCUCCGACAACAACUGGUCUGCUUCUGACUCAAAUACAAACUCGAGCGAGAUUGCUUGCUUCGAUGACCAAUUCUCUUCCACCAAGGUUGGUCUGAAGUACAAGCAGUGCCAAGAGUGUCUCCAAACAAGUACGCGGGGCAACUGGGGCGAAACCGAUGCCAAGUGGUUCGUCUAUAACGCCCGUUUCGCACUCGACGUUUGUUUAUUUCAUACGCCCAAGGAGAGUGAUGACAAGGCAGUGUCAUCGUGCUCAACCAACCAAGCAUGUGAGAGCUUGAAGGAAAGUCUUACCUACGACAAUUUAGCCGAUACCCAGAAUACAACCUGGAAUUACUGCUUCGACGGCAACGGUGCUUUCAUGGGGGGAUCAGAGCGCGCCAAAUGCAUGCAGUGUCUACGAGAUAGCCAAAAUCAGACGUACCUCGCAAACUUUAUAACGGCACUGGAAGCAGGCUGUCGCCAGCAACCAGAAAAGGGAAUCGCCAUUGGUCUGAGUGGCACUGUGUUUACAGACCACGCCGUCCAGAUCACCGAUCCAAACAACACGCCACAUCCUGACAGCGAUAAGUCACCCGGUCUUUCUACUGGUGCCAUCAUUGGCAUUGCCGUCGCCGUCAUCAUCCUCAUUCUCAUCGCCGUCGGACUACUCCUCUACUACUGCGCGCGCGAGCGAGAAAGCGGCAACUGGGAACAAGACUAUUACGACGGUGACACCCCUCCAAACGACUCCAUCUUCGCCGCUCGCUACGACAUGACCCAGGCUAGGCUCCGGGCUGAGCAGCAGCAGCAGCAGGCGGAGGCUGCGGCCAAGUUCCAAUACCUUCGUUACCAUGAGAACGUCCUGGCGCCAGAGAAGCCACGCACCUUCAACACAAGCGGCGAUUACUAUGACCACAUGGAGCGCUGCCGGCCCGCACAGGAUCAGGAGCAACCCCGCGGUCGCAGCGCAUACCGCAUGGAUGACCUGUCGCCCACCGCGCCCAAACGCUCUUCCACCGCGACCCUCCCCUCGCACCAUGCCGUGAAGCGGGAUCCGAGCUCCAGUGGCACCAUCACCGAGUCCCGCUCCGGCUCCGAUGUCGUGGCCACUCGCCGAAGGCCCUCACCCCCCGCCUCAGUACACAAGCCCGUCCGCAGCAACACACCCGACUCCUUUGCCGUGCAGGUGUACCUUGACGCCGCCGCUGAGUCGGCACGCAUGGCUGCUGUCGCCGCCGCGACCGCCAAACCACCCUCCAUCUCCUCGAUGCCGGCGAACUCGCCAAGAAACAGCAAGCGGCGCUCUAUACUAUCCAUGUUCUCACUGCGCAGCGGCAGCAGCAACACCUCCAAGAAGAGCAAGAUAUCCUCCGCCAACUGCAGCAGCCAGCAGCAUCCCCCACCAAGGUACAUCUUUCAACCCCCGCUCACCAGUGACAAGGCCUUUCACGGGGACAAGGGCAUCUCCCGGCCUAUACUUGCCCGGGAGGAGCCACGAUUCCUCGAGGCCGGCAUCGCUGGCCGACCAAACAACGUCGCUCCCUCAAGGGCGCCGCCGCGACCUCCCAGUCCCGCGGACAAGUACGCCGAGUACGGUGAGGUGCCUAUCAGGAGCGGCAAGGAAGACUUGUACGGAAUGUGA